UGAGAAAGCAUCAGAUCUUGAGGAUUCGUCGAAGUCGCAACAAACAAACACACAUCUCUCAAAAUGUUCGCGAAGUUCGCCGUUAUCCUCGCCCUCGUGGCCACCGCCGCCGCCAGCACCGCUGACGUCACCAGUUUCUCGUACGACGUCGCCGACCCCUACACCGGCGACUUCAAGAACCAGGCCGAGACACGCAUCGGGAACAACGUCGCCGGACAAUACUCCCUCCUGGAGUCCGACGGCACCCGCAGGACUGUCGACUACGCUGCUGGCGCUGAGGGCUUCAACGCUGUCGUCCGCAAAGACCCCGCCGUCAUCGCUACCCCCUUCAUUGCUAAGUCUUUCCCCGCCCCCCUCAUCGCCAAGACCAUCGCCCCCUUCGCGUAUCCCUACGCGUUCCCCAAAUUCGGCUACCCUUACGCAUACGCCCGAUACUUCUGAUUUGAUUAUGUGAUUUUGGUGUAAAUAUGCUGUAAAUAUAUUUUGCUAAGUCAUA